AUGAGCAAGAGUGGAGGCACAGAGAGCUCAAAGACCCUAGGACAGGAGCCCAGCUGGAAGCCCCUGUGGGGUGGCUCACCACAGUACGACUUGGUCUGCUUUGAGAAGUGCUCCCGCUAUGGGAUGCCCCUGGAGGCUGGGGGCACAGGGGACGACCUGCACUCCUUGGAGAACUCCCUCAGCUACCCACAGCUCUAUGGCAAAUACACAGAGCAGAUAACUGACUUUACCGAGAAGGAAGCUGCAAAAGUACUGAAUAGGAAGCAGGCCCAAGAGAGCAAUGAAAGACCCCGGAAACGUGAGAGCCAAGUGGAGAUCAAAGAGGAGCACUAUUCCAAAUGUCAAGACUGUGCCUGGCGCAUCCAGAAGUAUGUUACCAAGAAGCUGGGAGAGGAUUGGAUCUUCUUGGUUCUGUUGGGUCUGGUCAUGGCGUUGGUGAGCUGGGGAAUGGAUUAUGCCAGUGCGAAGAGCCUACAGGCCUACAAGUGGAUGUACAGAAAGGUGCAGCCAAGUGUUCCCCUGCAGUACCUGGUGUGGGUCUCCUUCCCACUUGCUCUUAUUCUGUUUGCGGCCCUCUUCUGCCACCUCAUCUCUCCGCAGGCUGUUGGAUCUGGGAUCCCAGAGCUCAAGACCAUUAUGAGGGGAGUCGUCCUCAAGGAGUAUCUCACUCCCAAGGCUUUUGUGGCCAAAGUUGUAGCCCUCACAGCUGGGCUUGGAAGUGGCAUGCCUGUGGGGAAAGAGGGCCCUUUUGUGCAUAUUGCCAGCAUCUGUGCUGCAGUGCUCAGCAAGUUCAUGUCAAUCUUCUGUGGUGUCUAUGAGCAGCCAUACUAUUACACCGAUGUCCUGACUGUGGGUUGUGCUGUGGGGGUCGGCUGCUGCUUUGGGACACCACUUGGAGGGGUCCUUUUCAGCAUUGAGGUCACAUCCACUUACUUUGCUGUCCGCAAUUACUGGAGAGGUUUCUUUGCAGCUACCUUCAGUGCGUUCAUUUUCCGAGUCCUUGCUGUUUGGAACAAAGAUGCAGAUACCAUCACAGCCCUCUUCAGAACAAACUUUCGCAUGGAUUUCCCCUUUGAUCUGCAGGAGCUGCCAGCCUUUGCUGUGAUAGGGAUUUGCUCUGGAUUCCUUGGAGCGUUUUUUGUUUAUUUCAAUCGCCAGGUGGUUCUCUGCAUCCGACGUCACACAGCACUGAGCCAGUUCCUCACCAAACACCGCCUCAUUUACCCUGGGGUUAUUACCUUCCUUAUAGCAAGUACGACUUUUCCUCCUGGAUUUGGGCAGUUCAUGGCAGGAGAGUUGAUGCCACGGGAAGCCAUCAGCACUCUCUUUGAUAACUAUACCUGGGCAAGGUACACAGGGGACACUCAGAUCCUGGGGAAAUCUGCUGCCUGGAUCCAUCCUAAAGUCAGUGUCUUCAUCACCAUCCUGCUCUUCUUCCUUGUGAAGUUCUGCAUGUCUGUCAUUGCUACCACGAUGCCAAUCCCUUGUGGAGGCUUCAUGCCUGUUUUUGUUAUUGGUGCUGCGUUUGGGCGCCUCGUUGGGGAAAUCAUGGCCUCGCUUUUUCCCAAUGGGAUCCUCUUUGAUGGAAUCCUUUAUCAGAUCUUACCUGGAGGCUAUGCCGUCAUUGGUGCAGCAGCUUUGACAGGAGCAGUGAGCCACACUGUCUCCACUGCUGUGAUCUGCUUCGAGCUGACAGGGCAGAUCUCUCACAUCCUCCCCAUGAUGGUGGCUGUCAUUCUUGCCAACAUGGUGGCCCAGAGUCUGCAGCCCAGCCUCUAUGAUAGCAUUAUCCAGGUGAAGAAGUUGCCUUACCUGCCAGACCUGGGCUGGAAUCACAUAAGCAAAUACAAUAUCUUUGUUGAGGAUAUUAUGGUCCAGGAUGUGAAAUUUGUCUCCUCCAACUGUAAUUACCGAGACUUGCAAACUCUACUUCAAAGCACCACUGCUAAGACACUACCUUUAGUGGACUCACCAGACACCAUGAUCCUGCUGGGGUCUGUGGAGCGCUCUGAGCUGCAGGCUCUCCUCCAGAGACAUCUGAGCCCAGAACGCCGACGGCUCCUCACCAGAGAAAUGCAGCACAAGGCUGAGGCAGCUGACGAUGGGCACAGCAAGGGAGUGUGGGCAGCUCUGCCAAAGCUGAACCAUGAAUCUUUUGCUUAUGUUGAUGAGGAUGAGGAUACAGAUGAGAAGGGAGAGCUACCUCAGUCCUUGAGUCCCACCCCUAGUUACCCAGAGGAGCACAAUGGCCUGGCAAGUCCUCUUAAACAAAUGUCUGAAACUUUGGAGCCACAGCAACGUCCAGGCAAUUUCAGGCGUUUGAGACAACUGAUCCAGCAGCUCUUCUGCCGUUACAGCCUUCCACAUGACACAGAGAAUGCUGUCCAGGAGCCCAUGGAAGACAUGGACACAAUGAGGCCAGAAGAGAUAGAUGCCUGGGAGCAGCAGGAGCUGAGCAAGAAUGUGAGCUUCGACAGCUGUCACAUAGACCCUUGCCCUUUUCAGCUGGUGGAAGGAACUUCCCUGCACAAGACACAUACAUUGUUCUCCUUGCUGGGCCUCAGCUGUGCCUAUGUAACCAGUAUGGGGAAGCUGAGGGGAGUGUUGGCUUUGGAAGAGCUCCAGAAGGCCAUAGAAGGCUCCACAAGUUCCGGGGUCCGCCUGCGCCCGCCCCUGGCCAGUUUCCGCGACACCAAGCGGCCCUCGGUCAGCACCGCGCAGGGCCGGAGGGACGCGCGGGCGUGGAGCCAGCAAGACAACGACGCUGUGGCAGCACAGCAGGCAGCAGACGUGGGCACAGAGAGCCCCCUGCCUGCCUGCUCGGACACCCCCCAGCCCUCACACUUGCGUGAAGAGGGGGAAGUCCUGUCUUCCACUUAUACUACUGAUACCGAGUUGGAAGAGAUGGAGCUGACUGGGCCAGCUGCUGAAAACAUCUCAGACAUCCUCAAGGAUAUAAGCUUACGCUCCACUGACCUGGAUGAGGAUGAAGAUGAUGAGGAUGUCCGCUUAUAG